AUGUGCGUGACGAGAAUUAUGGCGAAGGGGAAAGAAUGUGAAAUCCAUAGAGUUGAUGAAUGGAGUUCCCGGAAACGCAUUGCCUCGUUUAGUCUCUACGAGGUACGAUCCCAGCUAGGCCUCAGAGAAGACCGUGUCUAUGCUGUCCUCCACGGCCUUAGUGGGGCUGGGUACCGUUUCUACAUCCUCCAACGGAAACUCAACGGCGGUAACCGGUUGGUGGUUGUCUCGUCACUUCCUCCCUUAGAUUCUUCUUCAAGCUGUGUCUCCGUUGGUUCAAAGUUGUAUGUGUUUAAUGAGCUCAAUGUGCUUAGCAGAGACUGCAGAUCUCACAAGUAUCAGAGCAUCCCUAGAAAGCCUCUGAACAUGAUGGAUAAAGUUGCUAAUGUCAUUGACGGGAAGUUUACCUGA